ACCAUCAAGGAAGGGCAGGCUGGGACGCAGGGCCAGGGAGGGGAAUAAAAGGCCAGAGCCCAGCGCCUCACACAUUCACACUCACUCACACUCACUCACACUCACUCACACUCACACACUCACCUCCCCAGCCCAGCCCCGCCAUGGCCAACUCCACCAUGUCCGUCUGCUCCAGCACUUGCACCCAGCCCUGGCAGGUGGACGACUGCCCAGAGAGCUGCUGCGAGCCCCCCUACUGCGCCUCCAGCUGCUGCCAGCCCAGCUGCUGUGCCCCAGGCCCUGGCCCGAGCCUCAUCUGCACCCCAGUGAGCUGCGAGUCCAGCCUGUGCUGCCAGCUGGCUUGCUGCUCCUCGUCCUGCCAGCCGUCCUGCUGUGGGUUUCUCUGCUGCAAGCCCGCCUGCUGCAAGCCCAUCUGCUGCAAGCCUGUCUGCUGCACACUUGUGUGCUGCACACCUGCCUCCUCUGGGUCCUCUUCUUCCUGCUCCCAGCCGGCUUGCUGCUCCUGCUCCCCCUGCCAGCCAUCCUGCUGCGUGCCUGUCUGCUGCAAGCCUGUCUGCUGCACGCCCUCCUCCUCCGUGUCCCUGCUCUGCCGCCCCGUGUGCAGACCUGCCUGCUGUGUGCCCGCCUCCUCCUGCUGCGCCUCCUCCUGCCAGCCCAGCUGCUGCAAGCCCUCCUCCUCCCUGUCCCUGCUCUGCUGCCCCGCCUGCCCCCGCCCGGCCUGCUGUGGCCCCUCCCUGGGCCAGAAGUCCUGCUGCUGA